AGAGCGGCUGCGACUACCUGGACAUCACCGGCGAGACCGAGUUCAUGGAGCGCGUGGAGCGCGAGCACCACGCGCGGGCGGUGGCGAGUGGCGCCUUGUUGGUCUCCGCGUGCGGGUUCGACUCCGUUCCCGCCGAGAUGGGCUUUCUGUUUCACUCGAGGCAGUGGGUGGGCCCGGCCCGGCCCAACAGGGUGGAGGCUUACUUGGGCUUGGAGUCGGAGAGGAGGAUCGUGGGAAACUUCGGGACGUUUGAGUCUGCGGUUAUGGCUGUGAAGGAUUUGAAGGAGAUGGGACAAUCUAGAAUCGAUAGAGUGAAACCUAAGAUUCCUGGGCCCCCACCUAAAGGGGAAAUAAUAGAACACCAGAAGAAAAUUGGUCUUUGGGGGGUAACACUCCCUUCAGCAGAUGCAACUCUUGUUGGAAGAACACUUUCAAUUGUAACUGAAUCCCCUGAUGGUCUUCCUGGGGUGAAUGAGAGUGCUGAGAUGGUUGAAAAAAGGAAAGCCUUUUGGGCAUCUGUGAAGCCAGCUCAUUUUGGUGUGAAAUUAGGCUCAAAAUCUUUGUUGCACAUGUUUGGGUUUAUUUUUAUUGGAAUGAUCAUUGGUCUUUUAGGAAGAACCUCUUUUGGAAGAUGGCUUCUUUUGAGAUAUCCUUCGAUUUUUACCCUUGGUGGGUUCAGUAAGAGUGGCCCUUCUGAAGAGGAGAUCGCGAGUGCUUCGUUCAAGAUGUGGUUUGUUGGACGUGGUUUCAGCGAUGAGAGUCUUGCGGCGCAGGGGAACACAAAACCUGACAUGGAAAUUAUAACGAGAGUAAUGGGACCUGAAAUGGGUUAUGUGACCACCCCGAUUAUUCUGGUUCAGUGUGCUCUCGUUCUUCUCAGCCAGAGAAACAAUCUACCAAAGGGAGGAGUUUACCCUCCAGGGAUUGUAUUUGGUGCAACUGAUCUCCAGGAAAGACUUCAACAAAAUGGAAUAUCCUUUGAUGUCAUCUCCAAAAGCUCGCUUUCUUCUUGACUCAGCAGUUUUGACUGGAAGAGAAGAAAAAAUGACUGAUCAGAAUGCAAAAUAUAAUAAAGUAAUGAGAGAAUUUUAUUUUUAUGUUUCUACAUGUUGUAAGGAUACUACAGUCAUAUUAACACAUGGCUUGAUCUCACCAGCUGGAUCAUCAACUGACAACAUUUGUUCUGGUGGAUUUGUCAGACAUCAUAGUGACUGACUUCAUUGUCUGUGGAGAUCAUAAAUAGAAAUUGUUUAAUAGUGGCAGAUAGCUAGUAGACACCUAAUUGAGUUUUGGAAAUGGAGAGUUGCAACUUUGCUUUCCUCUUAUAGCCUUGUGAAAUGGGCAAUGCCAAGUAUGAAACUGAUUUUUUAGUUAUUCAUUUGGAUCAGUAGGAAAGAUUGGUAUGUUUGAA